UCGGCUUUCUCCUUCCUUCCGGCGCUGCCGCCGCGUCCUCUGGGCGCGGUGGCGUCCCCGCAGGCGUGGUCCCCGCACCGCGCGCGCUCAGGCCCAGCGGCGAGCGGAGCCUCCGAGACCUGGGGAGCCCAGCUGCUCCGAGCUGCGGCAGAGGGUGACUCGUGUGAUGAGCUGAGGACCGACCAGGGUGCCCCGCGUCACUCCCGGGCAGGAAGAACAUGAAAAGCACCCAAGCCCACCAUUUCACCCAGGCCCACGUAGGCAAAUGAACAGUGGUGAGAAGCCUAGGGAGAAUCGUUGGAUGUCUGAUGUGUGACACCAUGCACCAUCAGUGGCUCCUGUUGGCCGCAUGCUUUUGGGUGAUUUUCAUGUUCAUGGUGGCAAGCAAGUUCAUCACGCUGACCUUUAAAGACCCAGAUGGGUACAGCGCCAAGCAGGAGUUUCUGUUUCUGACGACGGUGCCGGAAGCGGGGAGGUUCGCAGAAGAGAAGCACUUUCCUGGGGAACUGAAGGUGCUGUAAAGGUUUCGCUAAAUUCCUGGCCCGCUGAGUGGGAGCCUCAGCCUCACCAGAGGGGGAAUGCGCUGGGCAAGGUCAGGAGAAAACCAGCCAACGGGGAAGAUGCUUGGGGACAGCCGGCCUGCCCAGCCCCUGGUCUACCUGGAGCGCCUGGAGCUCAUCCGGAACGUGUGCAGGGACGAGGCCCUGAAGAACCUCUCACACACAGCCGUCUCCAAGUUUGUCCUGGACCGGAUAUUUGUCUGUGACAAGCACAAGAUUCUUUUCUGCCAGACUCCUAAAGUGGGCAACACGCAGUGGAAGAAGGUGCUGAUGGUGCUCAAUGGAGCCUUUCCGUCCAUUGAGGAGAUCCCGGAGAACGUGGUGCAUGACCACGAGAAGAAUGGCCUCCCCCGCCUUUCCUCCUUCGGCGAGGCUGAGAUCCAGAAGCGAUUAAAAACGUACUUCAAGUUUUUCAUCGUGCGAGAUCCUUUCGAACGACUCAUUUCUGCCUUUAAGGACAAAUUUGUGCACAAUCCCCGGUUUGAACCUUGGUACAGGCAUGAGAUCGCCCCAGGCAUCAUCCGAAAGUACAGGAGGAACCGGACGGAGACCCGGGGGAUCCAAUUUGAAGAUUUUGUGCGCUACCUGGGCGACCCGAACCACAGGUGGCUUGACCUUCAGUUUGGGGACCAUAUCAUCCACUGGGUGACCUAUGUGGAACUGUGUGCACCCUGUGAGAUCAAGUACAGCGUGAUCGGACACCACGAGACACUGGAGGAGGACGCCCCAUACAUCCUACGGGAGGCUGGCAUCGACCACCUGGUGUCCUACCCGACCAUUCCUGCAGGCAUCACUGCGUACAACAGAACCAAGGUCCAGAGCUACUUCCUGGGCAUCAGCAAACGGGACAUCCGGCGCCUGUACACACGCUUCGAGGGGGACUUCAAGCUCUUUGGGUAUCAGAAACCAGAUUUUUUGCUAAACUAAUGUGUAGGAUGUCUGAAUGCAGGUGUCUCUGUUGGUACAUGGGGUAGCCAGGUAGCGAUCUAUGCCAGGCCAUACCCCUGCUUAAGGAGACUCCCUUGAUGUCUGGGCCUGGGAACAAGCAAGGCUGCACCCCAGCAUCUCCACCUGGCUUAGGUGUAAGAUGCUGAGGGCUCUGCCCUCCUGAGUUAUAUCAUCAGGAUGCCGGUGGCCUUUGCCAUUUCCCAGAAGAGAUGUGACCUAGCGUCAAGAGUUGUGUAAGUGGGCAUCACCCCCGUGGAUGGCAGGAACAGAGGCCACCAGAGGAGAGAUGGAGAAACUGAGGCACAGCAGACCCCUCCCGAGGCUCAUGCAGGAUCAAAUCUGGAUCAUGAAAUGGCACCUCUGACUCCCCUUUGGCACCACCGUGAUCAUGGAGGCAAACGGCAUUCCUGUGAUCACUGAUCUGUUCCCGUUCCCGUGACGGUCAGUGGUGAGCACAAGGUGGUCCCAGGGGUCCAUCUGUUCCCAGCCACUCUGCCUGAUGCUCAUCCUCAUCGCUGUAGCUCUGUCGAGUCCCUCGUGUCAAGCAUGGUUUUGGGAUGCGAGGGGUGAGUAGAUUCCACCUGAAGGGGGACACUGGGGCCUGAGAAGAAGCGUGGUACAGGAGCUGCUGCACGUGGGCCACUGUGGCCUUGCACACUUCCUGUCUUGAUCGACCGUCAAAGUGAGCAGCAGGGCUCCCCACAUCUCCCUCUGGCAUCCCCCUUCUCAGUGGGGAGAAAGAACCCAACAUCUGCCAUCUGCAGGCCAGCUGGAGGAAACCAAUCAUUGGGGACAGCGUGGCAGCAUUGUGGGACUCACUGGGCUCACCUGUCCCAGCAUCUUCCCAUCUCCGCGAGGUGGCUGCCCCUAGACCCUUUUCUGAUCGUGUCACCGCCCUGGACGAAGCGGCCAGGAAUUGGGUAACCAAAUUCACCAGCAAUAAACCCUCCUGCGAGGUGCACAGAGGCAGCCGGAUAAGGAUCAGCCACCGUGGCUGUUCCAGCCAGUGUCCCCAAGAGUUGGUGGCGGGCACAGCUGCGCUGUCCGUGAGCCCAGGUGGGGAAGCGGGAGCUGGGCUGCCUCCCCUCUUCUCACAGCGGCUCCUGAAUUUGUAAAUGUGAAAGUGAAAUAAAAUUCAAAAUACGUGCCAAACCAGACAUGUGCAGCUGCUCUAGGGAGCGGUACUCUGGCCGUGUGAGAGUCCCUCACCCCCACCCCCUGCCAGGGCUGGAGACAGGGACAGGGCUGUGGACGGGAAGCAAGACGCAGCCCUUCGUCCUCGUCUUGGGCCCAGGACUCGACUUUGAGUUACUUUUCUGUGAAGUUUCAGCGAAGUCUCAUUAAAACCAUUUUGGACUUGAUGAGCCAAUCGAGUACCUCUUUUCCUGUUUGAAAAGUCACAGUGUAAAACAUAUGUGAAUUUAAGGCCUUAAAGUUAGUCCUAAUUAAAACAGCCUUGUCUCUCAGAAGCAGAA